GCUCUGCCAGAAGCUACAGCCUUGACCACAACUGUACUAACAUUUGGCACCCGUGCUGCAUAAGGCGGGGAGCAUACCAAGCACAGGGUUAGCCAGUGACCUGAACAUUUCCCUUCUCACAUUCACAUACCAGAGACCAACUGCAGAAGAUUCAAAUGGAGCAAAUUGCUUAUUCUUCCAAAUUCUUUUUCCUGGUUGAUUAGAGCAGCCAAGUAUAGCGGGGAGCUCUUGUGAAUAAAAAACCUUGCUUCAUUUUCCCCACGCAGGAGAACAUGGGCAAGCGAGUUGCCAUUGUUGGAGCUGGGGUCAGCGGCCUGGCCUCCAUUAAGUGCUGUCUGGAAGAAGGACUGGAGCCCACCUGCUUUGAGAGGAGCGACGACCUUGGGGGCCUGUGGAGAUUCACCGAACAUGUUGAAGAAGGCAGAGCCAGUCUCUACGAGUCUGUGGUUUCCAACAGCUGCAAGGAGAUGUCUUGUUACUCAGACUUUCCAUUCCCAGAAGAUUACCCAAACUAUGUGCCAAAUUCUCAAUUUCUGGAAUAUCUCAAAAUGUAUGCAAACCACUUCAACCUUCUGAAACACAUUCAAUUCAAGACCAAAGUCUGCAGUGUAACAAAAUGCUCAGAUUUUACUGUCUCUGGCCAAUGGGAGGUUGUCACUCUGCACAAAGAGAAGCAAGAGUCAGCCAUCUUUGAUGCUGUCAUGGUCUGCACUGGCUUUCUUACUAACCCUUAUUUGCCACUGGACUCAUUUCCAGGUAUUAAUGCUUUUAAAGGCCAGUACUUUCAUAGCCGGCAAUAUAAGCAUCCAGAUAUAUUUAAGGACAAGAGAGUCCUUGUGAUUGGAAUGGGAAAUUCUGGCACAGACAUUGCUGUGGAGGCCAGCCACCUGGCGAAAAAGGUGUUCCUCAGCACCACCGGAGGGGCAUGGGUGAUCAGCCGAAUCUUUGACUCAGGCUAUCCAUGGGACAUGGUGUUCAUGACACGAUUUCAGAACAUGUUGAGAAAUUCUCUCCCAACUCCAAUUGUGACUUGGUUGAUGGCGCGAAAGAUAAACAACUGGCUCAAUCAUGCAAAUUAUGGCUUAAUGCCAGACGACAGGACUCAGCUGAAAGAGUUUGUGCUAAAUGAUGAGCUACCAGGCCGUAUUAUCACUGGGAAAGUGUUCAUCAGGCCAAGCAUAAAAGAGGUAAAGGAAAACUCUGUCAUAUUUAACAACACUUCAAAGGAGGAGCCUAUUGAUAUCAUUGUCUUUGCCACUGGAUACACAUUUGCUUUCCCCUUCCUUGAUGAGUCUGUAGUGAAAGUUGAAGAUGGCCAGGCCUCGCUAUACAAGUAUAUCUUCCCUGCAAAUCUUCAAAAGUCAACCCUUGCCAUUAUUGGCCUCAUCAAACCCUUGGGUUCCAUGAUACCCACAGGAGAAACACAAGCUCGGUGGGCUGUUCGAGUCCUGAAAGGUGUAAAUAAGUUACCACCACCAAAUGUCAUGAUAGAGGAAGUUAAUUCAAGAAAAGAAAACAAGCCCGGUUGGUUUGGCUUGUGCUAUUGCAAGGCUUUACAAGCAGAUUAUAUCACAUACAUAGAUGAACUCCUGACCUAUAUCAAUGCAAAACCCAACCUGUUCUCUAUGCUCCUAAUGGAUCCACACCUGGCUCUGACCGUCUUCUUCGGCCCAUGUUCACCAUACCAGUUCCGCUUGACUGGCCCAGGAAAAUGGGAAGGAGCCAGAAAUGCCAUCAUGACCCAGUGGGACCGAACAUUCAAGGUCACCAAAGUUCGAGUUGUACAGAAGUCUCUAUCUCCCUUUGAAAGUUUUCUUAAACUCUUCAGCUUUCUGGCUUUGCUUGUGGCUAUUUUUCUGAUUUUCCUAUGAGUAAAAGAUUUCCUAAAGGGCAGAGAUGCACUGAGUAGAUUUACAAUGCUCCAAUUCCUCUCUUAUGGCAAUACUGCUGCUUUCACAGUUAUAAACCAUAUCCAAACAGUGAAGGCCACCCUGUCGCUUCAAUGGCUGGCCCCAGGGCUACCGCUGGUAUUCCUGAGCCUCUCCCAGCUCCACUUAUGUCUAAUGCUAGAGAACGGUAACUAAGAUUUCUACGCAUUUGAAGGUUGUUGGAAAGUUACAGGUUCAUUUUAGAAAGAAAGCUGUUCUUGACAGCACUCUGAGCCACCAUACCUCUUUCCCAUGUAAACUGUUUCAUAGAUCUCAACUGAAACCCCUUACUUCACAAAAGAUUGUGUUGUGCUGAAAUGGUGCUCUUAUAGUAUUGGCUUAUUAAAAGCAAAAAAGAAACCUAGAAAUUGAUUUUUU